CUUCGGUAACCAUUGACAUCCUGACCUAGCCCAAUCCAAACCCAAAUGUUUGACACAGAAUAUACACCCAAUCCAUCUCCACACAUCCGGACAGCUAAGUCUUCACCGGGCUGGAGUGCACUGUCCAGGCACUGUCUGGAAGGAGAGCUGUCUGUAUCUGUGGUGAAGGAAUUUAUAACAUUUCCCAUCGUGAGUUAACUUUGCAUUUCAGAUUUUGGGCAAUAUGUAAUAAUGAUAGUUUUACUAGUUAACUAGAAAUUGCUUCUGCUAGCAAAUGGCUGCAAUCUGACACUGAGCUGGCAACAACAACCUCGGUGAACCAACCUAACCCCACUCCUGGUUGUAUCACACAAUAGGAAUGAUAUGAAAUUUCGAUAGAUGUCCAAGUUUACGGUCCUCUCCUUGUGCCAGUCCAGGAAUCUAGUGUUUAAAAAUAACUAGAUAAGUAAAGAAAUAACUACAUAUUCUUACUUAAAAAUAUAACCAAUAUAAUUCCGAAGGCCAUUGCCGUUUAAGUAAUAUUGAGCACUGGUCAUUUCAAUUUUUAAAAAGCGCUUUUAAAAUCAAUGUUGCACAGGAAAACACCGCACAUGGCUUUGGGUGGCAAGAAACUUGAAAGCAAAAGGGGGCGUACGUUGGGUGGGGGUGGAAGAUGAACUGUUCGUGUUGGCCGCAGCUGCGACUGGUCUCAAAUAGCCGAAACUUUAUCUCUGCUUCACUGCCGGACUCUGUCUAGUCUUCCAGCACACCUCGUGGGGGAUAAAAAACCACUAGGAACAAAAAAAAAAGAUAUCGACCUGUUGCAGAUGGUAGAGGAUGCACUAAAGCGGUGGGGCAGGGAUCCAGCUCCGAGCGCCGAGACCAAGCCAGCCCGGUUCGCGGCGGCCAUAGUGCGAGGCGGAACCUGGAGAGCUGCUGAAAUAGCUUCACAUUUCCUCCUCGGUUUUUUUUCCGUGUCCAUUGAAUUUGCCAAAGAUCCGUUCACUUCUGCAACACAUCCUGCUCCAUCCUGUCAGGAGUUGACAUCCUUGGGUUUGCUCUUGUUGAGCUCCCGCGUGUGAUUUGAUUCCAUACCUCUUCCUGCUGCCUUCUGUUGACUGAUCUCUACUCAUGUAAAAGAUUGUUCCUAAAAGACAGGACGUAUAUCCUCGGACUGCAAUUAGGAGGUGAGCAGAAAUGUACAAAUGAAUUACCAGUUCAAGUGACUGACUCGAGCCAAAUUUGUGUGCCUUCGCCACUUGGACAACUUCCUCUUCAAUACUUGUGAUGUUGGACUAAUCAAGUACAGUUACUUCUGGGUUUGUGGAUUUCUUUUGACAUUUUUAUAACAACUCUGCAACUGCCACAUGAUGAGAAGACGGAAUAUGGCACUUGUUGUGUUGUACGUGACUCUUCACCUCGUUCGACUUUCAUAUUGUAGCCUUGCCGUUCCAAGGACUGUGUGGAAAUAUGGAGAAGUACCUUUGAUCACUUUUUCUGCCACUGGGGUAUCAAAUUAUUCCACACUUUUGCUUAAUGAAGAUCGAGGAGUGUUGUAUGUGGGUGCCCAGGAAGCCAUCUUUGCUGUGGACAUGUUAGAUAUUUCGGAUAAAAGGCAUGAGGUCUUCUGGAAAGUCUCAGAGGUAAAGCAAAGAAAUUGUGCUGCUAAAGGGAAAUCUAAAGAGACAGAAUGCCUAAACUACAUUCGAAUAUUGCAUGAAUUUGAUGAUGAAACCCUCUAUGUCUGUGGGACUUUUGCAUUUCAACCAACUUGUGAUUACCUUUCAAUUAAGAACUUCACUCUGCAACAGAGAAAUGAGGAAGGUAAAGGCAAGUGUCCAUUUGAUCCCGCUCAAAAAUACACUUCCGUAAUGGUUGAUCAGGAGCUUUAUUCGGGAACUGUAUACAAUUUUCUAGGGAGUGAGACAGUCAUUCUUCGAGGUCAUUUAAGGACAGAGUAUGCAAUACCCUGGCUAAAUGAACCAAGUUUUGUCUACUCUGACGUGAUAAGGAAGAGUGGAGCUAAUUUGGACAGCGAUGAUGAUAAGGUCUAUUUUUUCUUCACUGAAGUGUCUAUUGAAUAUGAAUUCUACAGCCGAAUUCUAGUGCCAAGAAUAGCUCGAGUGUGCAAGGGUGACCAAGGAGGAUCAAGAAUUCUGCAGAAAAGAUGGACGUCAUUUCUCAAAGCUAGGCUAGUUUGCUCUCUUCCUGAGUCACAGUUUGUCUUCAAUGUCAUUCAGGAUGCUUUUGUUUUGAAAACUUCACAUUGGAAUGAGACCGUGUUUUAUGGUGUAUUUACAUCACAGUGGAGUAAUUUGGAAAUGUCAGCGGUUUGCAGUUUUAACAUGUCCAAAGUCGAGGACAUUUUCUCUACAGGGAAGUUCAUGCAAAGUGCCACCUUUGAUCAGUCCCAUGUGAAAUGGGUCAGAUUUGGAGGAUCAGUUCCAUUGCCACGUCCUGGCUCGUGCAUUAACAAUGAGGCGAGAGCUUUGAAUUUCAGUAACACUCUCAUGCUGCCAGACAAAACUCUCCAGUUUGUUAAGGAUCACCCUCUGAUGGCAGAUGCAAUUAACCCCAUUGGAAAUGCCCCUAAAUUAGUCAAGAACAAUGUCAACUAUAUACAGAUUGUUGUGGACAGAGUUGGAGCACUUGAUAACCAACUAUAUGAUGUCAUGUUUCUUGGCACAGAUAAAGGAUUGCUGCAUAAAGCAGUUAACUUUGAUAAUGAAAUGCAUAUAAUUGAAGAAGUACGCAUUUUUCCAGUUUCUGAGCCUGUACAGACAUUAGUUUUGUCCAAGCAGGACAGAAGGUAUAUCUAUGCAGGGUCUCAUUCGGGAGUUGUUCAAGUUCCUGUUGCUUCCUGUGAAAAAUACAAAACCUGCACAGAUUGCAUUUUGGCAAGGGAUCCUUAUUGCGCAUGGAAUCCGCAGAGUAAACGCUGCACCUCGAUUACCAACAGCAAUGACCAUAGUGGUUUGUUGCAGUUUCUGAAUGGAAAUGCAGCUCUGUGCAGAACCAAAGAUGUGGAACCUGUGUCGUCUGAAGAGCAUGUAGCGGAAAAAGGAGGAUUGACUGAAUUGAAGUGCCUGCCUCCAUCCAGACUGGCUAAAGUUACGUGGAAGUUAAAUAACAGACCCAUCAUUAAGAGUUCAAAAUAUCGAGUUUAUCAAAACAACCUGCUGAUUUUCCAUCUUACUGAAGCUGAUUCUGGUGCCUAUGAUUGCUGGACUGUGGAAGCUGUAAUGGGAGAUGACUAUGAGCAGCUAGUGCAAAGGUAUUCUCUGAUCAUUGAGGGUUCGUCCAACGUGAUAACUGCAGCUCCAACUGCGCUGCGUCCUCAGACGGAAGGUAAAUCAGCAACGUCUAUGACGAGCACAGAUAAAGAAAGGAGGUCUGCUCACACAGUCACAACCCGGAAGCAAACAGAGGUUUCCACUUCAGCAGAGUUCCAGAGUUCCGCUGGCACAUCCUCAACCCCCGUGCUUAUGCCUAUAACUAAUAAUGAAAUUAAAAUUGAUACUAAUAUUGUCAGAAGGGUUGAUGAGUCUGAAGGAACUAAUAGUAUUCUCUUGUUUUUCUUUGUGGUAUUUGUGCUUCUAUUCCUAAUGCUAGUUACUUACAAUUGUUACAUGAGGUAUUUGCCAGGGCCUUGCCUGAAACUUUGCUUGUAUAAAGUUGGUAAUGGGAAGAAACCAAAAUUUGAUUAUGAUAAUGUUUCUGAGGAGCUUGUGAAACAACAGGCUGUGAAAAUCAAUGGAGAUAAUCAAGGUAGUGAGCAGAUUGCAACUGGGGACAAGGGUUGUGAAACUGAAUCAGACUGUGGGAAUGGGAAAAUUUCUAAUACAGAGAAGCCCCAAGAGCUAAAGCAAAUUCAGGAAAAUUGCUCCAUCAUAUCUGUUGAUCCAGAGAAAGAUGCAGACAUUAAAUACAUUGAUGAGGAAGCACAGAGUCUUUGCUAGCAGUUGGUUGUAUGUGUACAGCUUAAAAUGGAAGAAUAGGAAGUUGUUAAGAAACAAUAUAGAUCAUGAAAUGCUGUAUUAAAAAUUUUUUAGAUUAGAAGAAACCUUUGAAAAUGAUGUUAUAAGUGAAAAUCACUCUCUUGUAUUCAACCUGCAUUAUAUUCAGCAGUCUGAUUAGAAUUAAUGUUUUCAUUUUCUAGGUAAUUUGUAGUACAUUCCAAAUUGGAAAUUAUUCAUUUAUCAGAUUGGUAAAUCUCAAAGUACUGUCCAAAUUGGAGCUUGAAUCUCUUUUGCAUACACUGUAUAUGUAAUAUUUUGCAUUGCACUGUAAUUUGAAUAAUAUUCUGUAGUGAUAUUUAUAGCUUAUUGCUGUAUCUAAUGUAGGUUGAUGCCUUUGUUUCUGCUAACCUUGUACUCCUCAGGGAUCAGACAGUGAAUCGUAGAUUUGUGGGCUUUCUUUAACUUGCCUCCUGAAAAUACUUUGUGUUCGUGUCUAACUUUAAAUGAUGUAUUUGUGGUACAGUGAAGCAUGGGGUCUCCAGGCCUUUGACUUAAAGAAGAAAUGGAUUUCGGAAAGGGGAAAAAUGCAUUGUUAAAGUGCUUUUACUGAGCCAUGGCUGUAGUACAGGGCCUAGUUGAAAAGGCUGUCCUUACCUGUGGAUGAUUAUUAUUAUUUAACUGAAUAUUGUGACCAAUAUGGAUGCAUUGCUGCAGAAAUGGUAUUCCUAACUGGUAUAGUAUGAAUCAAAUAAUAUACAUGGACAAAAACAUAAAAAGUUACCAGCCAGUUGCAUCUUUUGCAAAGUUGUUGGUUCUUGGCUCUGGACUUUGAAAGGACCAAUCUGAUGGACCGAGAGGACCAACAGAAAUGCACAGCAAUUAUGUUUUGCUGCUACAGAUACUGGAUUGUUUUAGUAAACCCACUGAACUGCUAUAGAAAAUUAGAGCAAUGGGCGCAACUAACCAGCUUUCUAAUCUCCUGUUGGAUGGCAGCACGAGACACUUGUAUUUUAAGUUUAUAUAUAUAUAUAAAUAGUAAGCAUUUCAUUUUCUAGGAUCUUUACUGCUGCUGUGCAUGUGUAUAUAUACAAAAUGAUAUUCCUGUUGAAAUUUUAUUCAGCAAACAAAUUUUUGCAUUUUUAUUUUGGGUUAGUGUAGGGAAGUUGUUCCAUGUACUACAUUUAGUAGUGUAAAAAGAAUUGUGUAUAAAACAUUCUAUUUUUGUAAUUGUAAACAUGAAUUGAGGGCUGCAAAGAUACUGUCACCAUUUACAAAAAUAACAUUUGAGCUGUGUGUGCGUGUGUGUCUGCGUGUGCAUGUGCACUUGGGUGUUCUAGUUCUCGACCUGCUGUGCAAUCCAAAAUUAAUGAAGCCCUUAAGUGCCACUACUCCUGUCUGACACAAUCCAUUUAUCUAUUAUCCUGUACCGCACGACUGAUCUUCUUUGUAGUAUUUAUAUCUUUGGAACUCUGUUCGCUUUGUACCUUUUCUGUCUCACAGCUUCUCCUGUUUUACCUUUUACUCCUCUUGGUCCCACCUCCACCUGCUGGGCAUGAUCCACCAACUACCCUUGCUUUUACCCUAUCUGAAGGGUCUUCUCAUGAACGGUCCAGUGCAGUUGUCCAGCUAUUGCCACCGCUGCUCAGCGAUCAGACAAACACUGUUUGUAGCCCUGGAUCUGUUCAUCUCUUCUGUCAAGCGAUUGGUGAGUAACAGGAAUGUAUAUUUGUAUAUUAGAUGAGGGGUAAAGAGAGGCCAAAUUAACCUGUUCAGUGCUGCAGAUUGCUUUCAUUCUCCCUUCUAAGGAAGAGGGUUAAACAUAAUUACAGCAAAUGCAAAUGUAACAUUUAUGACGUAUUGAAAAUCGUGAGCCAUUUCCUACAUUUGUUGGGUUUUCUGUACAGUAAUGUAAAGAGUUUUAUUAAGUAUUUGGAAUGAUUUUCCUAGUUCUUUGUUUUUCACUUGGUGAAAUGUGGUAAUGUUUGUAUAGUGGUCAUUUUGAAAUAGAUUUUUUAACCAAAUUCUGCAAUAAAUUUCAAAAUG